UAAAUUUAAUUAUGGAGUAAUAUAUUGAUCAAGAACUAACCAUACAAUAAUUCUUCAAGUUGCAUCAAAUUACAUCGCCCUUACUCUCACAACUCAAAAGAGAGUUUGCUAUCAUCAAACAUCCAACUUUUAUUAUGAAUAAUUUACUCUAAGUAUUUUCAAUAGCAUAUUAUUAGAUCAUUCAACAUAAAAAACAUUUAACAUGCAUUGAAGCUCCUAAAUAAAGUGGAAGGACUACCUCCUGUCUAUUAAUUAUUUUGGAUUAAUUUUUAAAAUCUCUAGAUCAUUUUACUCCAGAUGAAGAUGUAAGAAUUUAUCAAACUUAUUAUAGAAUGGAUAUUAUCUCCUUAUCACUUCUGCUAGCAGAGAACAAUCAACAUAUUGCAAAAAUUUCAUAGAAAAAUUACUCUAAAAUUAUUCAUAAGAAAUUGCUUUACUUGAUAUUAAUUCACAAUUUCCUCUAAAUGCAAAAAGUAUUAUAUUUUAUACUAAAAUAUUAGAUGAUUAAUAUAACAUCGUCUUACCUCCUGUGACAUAACCAUCAAUCUUAUUUGCCACCUAUUAUUCUGUUAGUAAAUUAAAAGCUAGUGGAAAGGUUGAUAAUAAAUGUUUCUAAUUUGCCUUAUUUGAUGAUUGCAAUUUAGCAACACUUUAUGGAGGAUAAAACUAAUUAGAAACAGUUUCUAAAUGGAUUUCUAAAAAUCAAUUUACUAUAUAUGUCGGAGAUGAAAAAUUAAUUGAAGUUAUGCUUGGAAAACCUAUUACAGUAGCCAAAAUUGAAGAAGAUUAAGAAGAAUAGGAAUAAUAAGAUUAAACCAUUCAACAAACUAAAUGUGAAUUACCAAAUCUUUUUUAUUAUUUCUAUUCAGACUUAACUUAAUAACAAAUUGUUGUUUAUAUCACUCUGAAACUAAACCUUAUCUAAGGUAAAACACUUAUUAUAGUUUAAAAUUUAUUCGAGAUUUAUUAUUUACAAUUACUAUUUUAAAGAUGUAAUAUUGAAAGAUUUUAAAUUUAUAAUCAUGAAAACCCAAAGACACUUAAAUAUUAUACUUUAUCAACUUUCAAUACUGGUGUAAUUUAAAUACUUAUUGCUACUGCAAAUGUGUUUUUAGACCUAGAGAAUGAAUUUUUUGAAAGAACAAAGUAAGCAGAGAAAAAAUCAAAAUAACCUUAUACAUUAAAAAAAUUAGAUAAUAUUAUUUUAUAUAAUUUAUUACCAAAUGAAUUACCAGAUCAAAUAUUAAAAUCUGUAUCAAAUACAGUUUGUAUUGCAUCUAAUAAUGAGUAGAAUGUUGAAACAGUAAUGUAAUUUGUAAAUAAAGAAUAUAAUAAUAUUAAUUGUAAAGAAUAUCCAAUAAAAUAAAAUGAAAUAGAAGCAUUUCGAUAUCGUAUUGAGGAUACAACAAAGAAUAUAUCUAAAUAUUAAGUUAAGAUGGCAGAGUAGAUAGAUUUUAAAAAGAAGAUGCUAAAAUCGCCAGAUUUAGGAGAAUAUUUUUAAUAAAAUUAGAAAGAGAAAGAAUUAUUAUAAGAUUAAAUAGUAUAAUUAAAGAAAAAGUUAAAUAGAUCGUCAAUAUAAUUACCUUAAGGUAUAGAAAUAUCAAAAUAAUAUAGGACCUGUGCCUGAAUAUUUGUUACCAGAAUUCAUAAAGAAGCAGAGGAAGAUGCAAGGAGAUUAAUCUAAAGUUAGAGUUCUAGUGAGAGUUCAUGAUUAGAAUCAUGAUAAAUUAAUAAAGAAAAGAAGAUUAUUGAAUGAGGAAAUGAAUAAUAAUAUGUUACCUGAAUAGGAAGAGAAAGAAAAGGCAAAGAAACCUGAGAACUAAUAUGUUACAAUAAAUUAAGAUGAAGAAGAUCCAGAAUUGGUAGAUUCCUCCAGAUUAAGACCUAUAAGUGGUAAGAAGGUAUGGAAAUUGAAACAUGGAUUUAAAUUGAAAAAGAGAAAUAAGAGAUUGGAAAAGAAAGGAGUUUUCACUACAUGAGUG